GACCCCCUCUCCGUGUCCGAGGACAAGUCUUCUCACCAGCGGCGGCGGCGGCGGCACCGUCACCGUGACGAACUCUGCUUCUUCCUCCACAAAAACCAGAGCCCGCCGCCCCGAGACUCCCAAAACACUUCUUUUCCCAACCAAAUCCACCAAAUCUCGUGCGAGAAAUUUUGCAAUGGCGUCGGUAGCGUCCGAAGUCGAUCCCGCCGUGGAGCCCCACAUCGUCGUUGAGGAGUCGUCCAGCGCUGGAGGCAGCCGAGAGGAGGCGCCCCCAGAGGCUGCGGCGGUAGAAGCGGUGGUCGAGACAGAGCCGGCGGAUGCGGAGGAAGAAGGGGAGUGCGGGUUCUGUCUGUACAUGAAGGCCGGAGGUUGCAAGGAGGCGUUCGUGUCGUGGGAGGAGUGCGUGCAGGCGGCGGAGAAGGAGGGCUCCGACAUGGUCGAGCGCUGCUUCCAAGUCACCACCGACCUCAAGAAGUGCAUGGACGCCCACGCCGACUACUACGCCCCCGUGCUCCAGGCUGAGCAGACCGUCUCCGACCAAGCCCAAGCCGCCAUCGCUGCUGCCACCGCUGAUACAAACAAGAACAACGGAGAGGAAUCCGCUCCCUCCCCGGACACUGAUUGGGUGGAGGUUGAGGAGGCUACUUCCUCCACGCCCGCCGAGGGGAUGAAGAACGAAGAAGCAAUUGUCGACAAGGCAGAGUCCUUGUCUUUGGGUAACCAAUAACCGGGGAGGGUUAGAUUUUUCAGCUCGUGAUAACUUCUUAUUCAGUAUGAGUUAUGAUCUGAUUGAGGCGCAUGAGGCUAGUUUUUAUCCCCUUGUGGGGAAAUAAGGUUGUUCUUCCAAUUAACUGUUGGACAUGAUACCGAAUUUACUGAAGAAUUUCUGGAUGCGUUUAUAUGAUACUAGGUUACA